GCCUCGGUCCGCGCCGGCCUCUACACGGGAGCCUCGUCCCUGGUGCUUGCCACGCGAAGCGUAACUCGGGAAUCCGCUUCAAGACAGCUCCCACUCCUCGUGUCUAAGAGUAGCAGUGGGAGGCUGAGCUGUGAAAGAAGCGAGUGGGCCACGGGGGCAGAGAGCCCUCCGCGGGGCCGCCCUGACAGCGCGUCUAUCCACGCACCUCAAGGCCAACUCGCAUUGCUGGGGCUCCAAGGCGGCCACGGGGAGUUAGAAGAGGAAGAUAAAAGACUUUUUGAUUCAUGAAGAAUCUGCUCACUGAGAAGUGUGUAUCAAGCCACUGGUUGAAUUUUCAUCAAAAAGGGAUUAAGCGGAGAAUGGAGAGGAAGGUUGAUUCCAGGUCUUCAAGGGAUGGUGCAGUUAAGAAACCUUAUUCUCCAAAGAUAAUGUCCAAAAAGAAGUCUUCUGCCUCUUCUGGGAUCUGGAGUGAGAUACCUAGGGCCAGGCAUCCUGUACAGUAUCAUCCCUCAUAUGCCUGGACCCGAAGGGGCCGGCUAAGAGAACUGCGCAUCAGAUGCAUGGCCAGAAAGUUCUUGUAUUUGUGGAUUCGAAUGACUUUCGGAAGAGUAUUUCCCUCUAAAGCCAGGUUUUACUAUGAGCAGAGAAUUCUGCAGAAGGUCUUUGAAGAAUGGAAAGAAGAGUGGUGGGUUUCCCGUCGAGAGUGGAAACUCCGUGUUCGAGCUGACUGUCACUAUAGAUAUUACUUGUAUAACCUGAUGUUCCAAACCUGGAAGACCUACGUGCAUCAGCAGCGGGAGAUGAGGAACAGGUACCUGAGAGCCGAGGAUCAUGAUGCAAAACAAAAGAUGCGACAGGCCUGGAAGUCCUGGUUGAUCUACGUGGUUUUUCGUAGGACCAAACUUCGGAUGCAGACCACUGCCCUGGAGUUUAGACAGCGGAGUACUUUGUGGGUGUGGUGGAGCACGUGGAGAUGGCAACUGGGACAGGUUCACCUGGGCCGUGCCCUCCAUGCCUCAGCUGUGAAGCACAGGGCCCGGAGCCUCCAGCUGCAGGCUUGGUCACGGUGGCAGGAACAGCUUCUGCAUGUCUGGAGGGAGAGGCAGAAGAUGGUCUCCGCAGUGAAACACCAUCAGCACUGGCAACAGUGGAGAGCCCUGAGGGCCUGGCUGGAAUACCUGCAGGUGCGCAGAGAGAAGAGGCAGCGGAAAGAGAUGGCUGAGGGAUUCCACUGCGUCAUUGUGCUCCAGACACACUUCUGUGAUUGGCGGUGGGCCUGGAAGCGGAGGGAGAGCUUGUACAUCCACCACGAGCGGGUAGAGGGGCUGGCCAGGAGGAUGGUGCUGCGGAGGGCCUUUAUUCACUGGAAACACUACGUGCUGCUGUGCGCAGAAACAGCUGUGCAGCGGAAGGUGGCAGAAGAGCACCACAGGCGAGGCUUGCUGCAUUUUUGCUUUAGAGCCCUAAAAGACAAUGUGGCCCGUGCCCAUCUCCAACGAAUAAGAAAGAAUCUUGCUCACCAGCAACAUGAUGUCACGCUACUGCACAGGUUCUGGAACCUCUGGCAGUCUCAGAUUGAACAGAGGGAGGAAAGUGAGCAGCUCCCCUUCCUGUGUGCUGCCUGGGACCACUACAGAAUAACAUUGCUACGCAAGUGUUUCAAAUUGUGGUUACAGUAUACUCAGAAGAGGCGAUCCCAGCAGGGUGAUGUUAGAGAAGCGGUUGUUUGCACUUUGGUGUCAGAAGGUAUCUCAGCAUCGAGAACACCGCUUGGCAGAGAGAAUGGCCAUACUCCACGCAGAGCGGCAGUUUCUGCGGAGGUCCUGGUCCAUGUGGUGCCAGCAAGCAGUAGCACAUCGCCUGGAGCGGCAGCGACAAGCAGUGGCCUGUGCCCACCACCGCCUCAGGUGGCUCAGGAAGGCUUUCUGUGUCUGGAGAGAGAGUGCCCGAGGGCUCAGAACAGAGAGGACGGGCAGGGCACGGGCUGCACGGUUCCACGCGGCACAGCUCCUGUGUUGGGCCUGGAGCAGGUGGAGGGAGCGCCUGGCCCUGCACAGUGCCGAGCAGCAGAAGCUGAUGCGAGCCGACCUGCAUCGCCAGCACACCUUGCUGUACAGGGCGCUGCAGACCUGGGGGGUUUACCAGAGCCGGGUGCGGAGCGUCCUUCAGGAGGUGGCAGCCAGGGAGAGCCGGCACGAGAGGCGGCUGCUGCGGGGUGCAUUACGUCGCUGGAGAGAGAAUGCCGUGGCCCAAGCGGACGAAGCAAAGAAAGCCUCUCGAGCAGCAGCUCACUACAGAAGGACCCUGUGCUCCAAGCUGUGCCCGCAGGUGGGUUUCUUCACUCGUUUAUUGUACUGAAGUAUGGACCAAUAUCCGUUAAAACAAAAGCAUGGCAUGUAGUGAGUAUGAACCAGCUCUUACCAGAACCAGUAUUUCCCACACACAUGGAAUUUUCCUCUGGGACAAAUCGUGUCCUGAUCGCGUGGCGGGAGGCAGUGUCAGUGCAGAUAUACUACCGACAGCAGGAGGGCCAGGCUGUCAGGGACGCCCAGGUGGCGCUGAAUAGGGGCUGUCUCAGGAUCUGGUUUCGGCGCUGGAGGGACCGCAGCUGGAGCGCAGCCCAGCAGAGGGUCCAGAUGGAGAGGGUCGCGCAGCAUUACCGCCGGCAGCUGCUGCUGCAGGCCGUGGCCCGGUGGAAGGUGCACCAUCUGAGCUGCAUCAGGAAGAGGCUUCUGCAGAGACAGGCUGCCCGACUCCUGGCCCAGACACUCAGUCGGACCUGCUUCCACCAGUGGAGACAGCAGCUGGCAGACAGGAGGCGGGAGCAGCAGGACACGGCGCGGGCCCUGUGGUUCUGGGCCUUCUCACUACAGGCGAAGGUGUGGGCUGCGUGGCUGGGCUUCGUGCUGGAGAUGAGGAGAAAGAAGGCGCGGCAGGAGCGGGCAGUGCAGGCCUACCACCAGCAGCUCCUCCGGGAGGGCGUCACGCGCCUCCUGUGCUUUGCAGCGGGCAUGAAGGCAUUCCGGCAGCAGCUGCACGCCCAGCAGCAGGUGCAGGCGGCCCACAGUCUCCACCGCGUGGUCCGUCGCUGUGCCACGCUCUGGAAGAAGAAGGCGCUGGGCCUGGGCAGGGAGCCUCAGCCCCCUACGUCCACUGUGUGCAGCAGGAGAGUGACGUUUGAGGGUCCCCUUCCCAGCCACCUUGCUGCUGGGGCUGGCGAUGCCUCCCUGGAGACCAAGAGGACAACAGCUCCUCGUGGGCUUCGGGGAGCUCUGGACAGCCUACCAUCGGCCGCUGGGGACACCCAACUCCUGGAGCUGAAUGCUGCCCGCUGGGCAAGAAAGCAACCGCGACGCCCAAGCUUCCUGCUGGAGCCCAUUGAGAGCCAGACGCCCCUGGGGUGUGGCACCCUCGGGGCGCAGGGGCCUGAGGCACUGUGGGAGCAUGGCCUAGGCGAGGUCCAGCCAAUAGGCCUUGCGCUGACAACACCCUUCCUGGCAAAGGCCCAGACAGCACUGGACCCAAGCAGCCCCCUGCCAAGCGCCCCUGGCCUGAAGCCGCCGCCCACAGCGAGUACAGGCCUGGAGCUGUUGCCCCCUUCUUCCUUCAUGCUGCAUGGGGCGGAAGCACACGCCUGGGCAUCAGCCCAGCCGACGAUACCUGGGCUUAAGUCCCAGGCCCCUUCAUCCCUGGCCAGUGUCCCCAACCCCCGUCUGCUCCUUCCUGGGGACUUCACAGGCACCAGGCCUGGGCCUGGCUCUGACACUGCAGGUGUGUACCUGGGGCCUGUCAGUGCCUCAAGUGCUCAGGUCACUCCCGGCACCUGGAAUCCCUGGGUUCAGCCCGGGCCCAGACAGGAGGAUGGUCAAGAUCAAGCUUAUUCUCCUAUUGCCACUGGCCACAUGGACCUGGAGGCCGAGCUUGAGGGCAUCCAGCAGCAACUGCAGGACUACCAGACCACGAAGCAGAAUCUCAGGUCCUGCCAACGGCAAGCGAGCAGCCUGCGGCAGUGGCUGGAGCUGAGCCAGGAGGAGCCCAGGCCCGAGGACCAGGAAGCAGAGCAGCAGGUUCAGGAAGAACUGCAGGAGGUGAGACCUUGGGCAGCCCCCGGAAGGCUCCCAGGCGGGGCUUCCUCUCAGCCUGCCCCCUCAACCUCCCCAGGUGGAAGCGCAGAUCCAGCAGCUGGCCUCCAAGUUGCAGGCCCAGCGCCAGCCCAUCCGCACCUGUAUCGCCCGCAUCCAUGCCCUGCGGCAGGCUCUGUGCUAGUCACCACCCCACGUCCAGGAACAGAAUGCAAAACUGCAGCGAGUUUUUUUAUUUCAAAAUGUUGCAAUUAAAUGAAUUACUGUUCAGAA